UGAGGGCUGCUGGGCGGGAGCUUUGUCGGUCCUGGGCCCUCGGAGGGAGGUGAGACCCAGCAGCCCCUGCCCCAGCAUCUGAGCGCCUCGCCUGGGUGCUGCCCAGUGCCCCUGGUAGAGACAGGUUCCCCCGCCUCCCCCCACCCCCACCCCCACCCCCAUGGAUCACUCCUCGUUCAGCGGUGCACCUCGCUUCCUAACCCGGCCCAAGGCCUUCGUGGUGUCGGUGGGCAAAGAUGCCACGCUGAGCUGCCAGAUCGUGGGCAACCCCACGCCGCAGGUCAGCUGGGAGAAGGACCUGCAGCAGGUGGAGGCAGGCACUCGCUUCCGCCUGGCCCAGGACGGCGACCUGUACCGCCUCACCAUCUUGGACCUGGCGCUGGGCGACAGCGGGCAGUAUGUAUGCCGUGCGCGCAACGCCAUCGGCGAGGCCUUCGCGGCGGUCGGCCUGCAGGUGGACGCCGAGGCAGCGUGCGCCGAGCAGGCACCCCAUUUUCUGCUGCGGCCCACAUCCAUCCGCGUGCGCGAGGGAGCCGAGGCCACCUUCCGCUGCCGCGUGCGCGGUUCGCCGCCCAUGUCUGUGAGCUGGGACAAGGAUGGGCGGCGCCUGGGCGCGCUGCAAGCUCCCCGAGUGCGCGUGGAGGCGAGCGGCGAGGCGAGCGCGCUGCGCAUCCUGGCCGCGCAGCCGCGCGACAGCGGCACGUACACGGUGCACGCGGAGAACCCGCUGGGCGCCGCUAGCGCCGCCGCCGGGCUUUUGGUGGACACGGAAGCAGACACAGCCGGCCAGCCCGGGGCCUCCACAGCCAUGCUCCUGGCGCACCUGCAGCUGCGGCGCGAGGCCAUGCGCACCGAGGGCGCCCCGGCCUCGCCGCCCAGAGCCAGCACGCGCACCUGCACGGUGACUGAGGGCAAGCACGCGCGCCUCAGCUGCUUCGUGAUGGGUGUGCCCAAGCCUGAGAUAGUGUGGAAGAAGGAUGGGCAGCUGGUGGCCGAGGGCCGGCGACAUGUGGUGUACGAGGACGCGCAGGAGAACUUCGUGCUCAAGAUCCUCUUCUGCAAGCAGUCAGACUGUGGCCUCUAUACUUGCACGGCGUCCAACCUCGUGGGCCAGACCUACAGCUCCGUGCUAGUCGUCGUGCGAGAGCCCAUGGUGCCCUUCAGAAAGCGGCUGCAGGACCUGGAGGUGCCAGAGAAAGCGUCGGCCACGUUCCAGUGUGAGGUGCCACUGCCGCCCAUGGAGUCUGCGUGGUAUAAGGAGGAGACGCGGCUGUGGGCCAAUGCCAAGUACCUCAUCGAGGAGGCAGGCGCUGAGCGCCGACUGACCGUGCUCAAUGUCACCUCCGAUGACGAUGCCGUGUACAUCUGCGAGACGGCGGAGGGCAGUCGCACGGUGGCCGAGCUGGCGGUGCGAGGCAACCUCCUUCGAAAGCUCCCGAGGAAGACAGCUGGGCGAGUGGGAGACACGGCCAUGUUCUGUGUGGAGCUGGCCAAGCCAGACGGCCCCAUCCACUGGCUGUGGAACCAGCAGGAGGUGGUGGCCGGGGGCCGAGUGGCCGUUACUGCCGAAGGCACGUGCCACACGCUGACCAUCUCCCAGUGCAGCCUGGACGAUGCGGGUGAGGUGGCCUUUGUGGCUGGGGACUGCCGGACGUCCACCCAGUUCUGCGUGUCAGCCCCCAGAAGGCCGCCCCUGCAUGCUCCUGAGGCCCCUGUGGUGAAGGCCAGGACAGAGAGCUCCGUGACCCUUGGCUGGUCCCCACCACCCCAUGGGGACCGUCCUGUUGCUAUCGAUGGCUACCUUGUGGAGAAGAAGAGAAUGGGCACCCACCCCUGGAGCCGGUGCCAUGAAGACAAGUGGGUGGCCACGCCUGAGCUGACUGUGGCUGGCGUGGCCGAGGAGGGGGAAUUCCAGUUCAGGGUGUCAGCUGUGAACAGAUUUGGCCAGAGCCCCUACCUCGAGUUCCCGGGAACUGUACACCUGGCCCCCCAGCUGGCUGUGAAAACACCUCUGAAGGCGGUAGAGGCAGUGGAAGGCGGCGAGGUGACCUUCUCUGUGGACCUCACUACGGCCUCAGCAGGGGAGUGGUUCCUGGACGGGCAGGCCCUGAAGGCCAGCAGCGUGUAUGUGAUACACUGUGACGGCACCCGGCACACUCUCACCAUUCGCUUGGUGCCUGUCAGCCUGCACGGGGCCGAGCUCAAGUUCGUGGCCAAUGGUAUCGAGAGCAGCAUCCGCAUGGAGGUCCGAGCGGCCCCGGGGCUGACGACCAAGUGUCCGGCAGCAGCAGUGGCAGCACGGGAGGUGCUGGCCUGGCUGCACGAGGAGGCCCAGCUCCUGGCCGAGUUGUCGGACCAGGCUGCAGCUGUGACGUGGCUCAAGGACGGACACGCACUGUCUCCAGGCCCCAAGUAUGAGGUGCAGGCGUCAGCCGGGCAGCGGGCACUGCUAGUGCGGGACGUGAAGCAAGAAGACGCAGGCCUGUAUGAGUGUGUCAGCCACGGGGACCGCAUCGCCUACCAACUAUUGGUGCAAGAGUCCUCUGCGGUGUUUAUCAAGGGGCAGCCAGCACAUAAAGAGGUGCAGGCCGUGGUGGGGGCCAGCACCACACUGAGCUGCGAGGUGGCCCAGGCUCAGACGGAGGUGACGUGGUACAAGAACAGGAAGAAGCUGAAUUCGAGCUCAAAAGUGCGUGUGGAGGCCAAGGGCUGCACCCAGAGGCUGGUGGUGCAGCAGGUGGACAAGGCAGAUGCCGGGGAGUACAGCUGCGAGGCCAGGGGCCAGAAGGUCUCCUUCCACCUGGAUGUCACAGAGCCCAAGGUGGUGUUUGCCAAGGAGCAGCCGGCACGCAGUGAAGUGCAGGCCGUGGCGGGGGCCAGUGCCACGCUGAGCUGCGAGGUGGCCCAGGCCCAGACGGAGGUGACGUGGUACAAGGACGGAAAGAAGCUGAGUUCGAGCUCGAAAGUGCGUGUGGAGGCCACGGGCCGAGGGCGGCGGCUGGUGGUACAGCAGGCGGGCAAGGCAGAUGCCGGGGAGUACAGCUGCGAGGCCGGGGGCCAGAGCGUCUCCUUCCACCUGGAUGUCACAGAGCCCAAGGUGGUGUUUGCCAAGGAGCAGCCGGCACGCAGUGAAGUGCAGGCCGUGGCGGGGGCCAGUGCCACGCUGAGCUGCGAGGUGGCCCAGGCCCAGACGGAGGUGACGUGGUACAAGGACGGAAAGAAGCUGAGUUCGAGCUCGAAAGUGCGUGUGGAGGCCACGGGCCGAGGGCGGCGGCUGGUGGUACAGCAGGCGGGCAAGGCAGAUGCCGGGGAGUACAGCUGCGAGGCCGGGGGCCAGAGCGUCUCCUUCCACCUGGAUGUCACAGAGCCCAAGGUGGUGUUUGCCAAGGAGCAGCCGGCACGCAGUGAAGUGCAGGCCGUGGCGGGGGCCAGUGCCACGCUGAGCUGCGAGGUGGCCCAGGCCCAGACGGAGGUGACGUGGUACAAGGACGGAAAGAAGCUGAGUUCGAGCUCGAAAGUGCGUGUGGAGGCCACGGGCCGAGGGCGGCGGCUGGUGGUACAGCAGGCGGGCAAGGCAGAUGCCGGGGAGUACAGCUGCGAGGCCGGGGGCCAGAGCGUCUCCUUCCACCUGGAUGUCACAGAGCCCAAGGUGGUGUUUGCCAAGGAGCAGCCGGCACGCAGUGAAGUGCAGGCCGUGGCGGGGGCCAGUGCCACGCUGAGCUGCGAGGUGGCCCAGGCCCAGACGGAGGUGACGUGGUACAAGGAUGGAAAGAAGCUGAGUUCGAGCUCGAAAGUGCGUGUGGAGGCCACGGGCCGAGGGCGGCGGCUGGUGGUGCAGCAGGCGGGCAAGGCAGAUGCCGGGGAGUACAGCUGCGAGGCCGGGGGCCAGAGCGUCUCCUUCCACCUGGAUGUCACAGGUCAGUCCUGGAGGAGGAUACUAAGCUAGCCUAUUUGGAGGUGACGAGGGGACUGUCUUGCGGCCUC